AUAGACGUCAUAUUUGCCCCUGGAGUGGUAUAUAUACCCCAUACAGACAGCGCUGAAUGUCGUUCUCCAGAUCAACAGGACUAUCUACAACACUAUAUUAAUAAAAGUUUGAAAAUAAUUAAUGAAAAUAAUGAAGGACAUCGGAAACGUCGCUCGGGGCUAUAAAGCCGCCAUCAACAACCGCAACGUCUCCUCCGAAGGCCGCCUCCACGCCGAAGAAGAGCUCAAGCGAAUCCAAUCCAACGAAGCCCCAGGCGACGAAGCCGGUCUAAGCGAUGACGAAGCAAGACAUGAUCGAAAUGUUGCGCGGGGAUUAAAGGCGGCGACGCAUAAUCCGAAUGUUACGGAUGUGGGGAAGCAGCAGGCUAGGGGUCGGUUGGAGAGUAUGGGGGAGCAUCCGGAGACGCCGGCUGAUUAGUGGUUUUAAUCUGAUGGGAGGUUCAUUUUGUAUAGUGGGCUGAGAUUGUAUAGUUUAUAGGUAUCUU